AGAAAACAGAAAAAGACAACGAAAAAGAUCACACAACAAAGCAGUUUUUCUUUCAUAUUAUUUUUUCCUAAUUUUCCCUAAUUUUUCUAAAAAAUUCUAAACAUUUAAAUAUUUUUGUGGUGCUGUUGAUUUUCGUUUGAAUAAAGAAAUGUUAAAAACAAAAAGUUCAGUUUAGAUAUAAAAAUGAAACACAAACAUUUAAGAUUUUCUAAACAAUUUUAAUUUGGAGUCUCAAAGUGGCUGAUGAUGCCGUCAUCAUUAUUAUCAUUAUUUUUUUUUUGCCAAUUGUCUAUUUUAAACAUCCAUAUACAAACACAAACAUACUAUUAAAAUACAACUAACUUACAACCAAACUAACAACUGCCUUGAAAAUAACAAAAACAAGCAUAAAAGUAUUCGCAAUUAUUAUUUAUUAUUGUUUAACUGAACUGAAUAGUAAAUUACAAAUCAAUGUCUUUGCGCGCUAUUAAGAAGCGCGAAAAUCAAUUACCCCCGCCUGGUGUAAACAGUACAAAUUCAAGAACCACUCUCUUUAAAAAAUUAACCAAUAAAAACAAUACCAAAGGUGCAUUGCAACAUCAGCAGCAACAACAGCAAUCAACUGGUGGCAGUUGUGAAGCAGGCGAUAUUGGUGGUGGGGGUUUUAUACAAAGUACAAAUUGCAAACAAUUUAAUAUAACAGCAAAUCACAUUAAACAACAAUAUCAACUGCUGGGCAGAUUAACAAAAUCGAAUCCGGAAUUUGGAAAACCCUCUGAAACGCUUAAACGUUUAGAGGCAGCACGUUUGGUAAGAACAAAAUCGGAAGCUGAUGUCAAUAAGCUGUUGAGCAGCAUACACCAAACAAAACAAGGUGCUCUACUAAAUGCUAAAUCAGAAGUCUGCCUGAAAACCAUAUCAACACAUAGUUAUCAAGCUCCUGUGAGCAAUAACAACAACAACAAUAAUACACUGACACAAACGUUUAAAACGCCCCGUAAAUCUCAAAAAAUCACACAAAACACCAUGUUAACUGGUGCCCGUUCUCAUCGCGACUUAAGCCAAUCAGCUUAUGCCUCUUCGCAACACAAUGUUGAGGUCAGCAAUUGUGGUCAGCCAGCCGCACGUCGUCGCAUGAGUGAAGGCAACUACAUGAGGUCACAAAGAACGAAUUCAAUGUCGACAAGUGAAAUGACCACUUCCUCGAAUGCUGCCUCCUCCUCUUUGGGUCACUGUGUGCCCCCCGUUGAUCCCAAUAGUAUAUUACGCAUACCCAUCAUAGGCUAUGAGGUAAUGGAGGAGAGAGCUCGUUUCACGGUCUAUAAACUACGUGUGGAAAAUCCUCAUACAAACGAUUGUUGGUUGGUUUUAAGACGUUACACUGAUUUCGUACGUUUAAAUACGAAAUUGAAACAAUCAUUUCCUCAUCUUAUCUUGAAUUUGCCACGCAAAAAAAUAUUCGGCGAUAAUUUCAAUGCAGUUUUCCUAGACAAUCGCAUACAGGGUUUGCAAAUGUUUGUAAAUUCCAUAAUGAGCAAAGAGGAGUUGAGGCAAUGCCAGUUGGUACGUGAAUUUUUCUGUUUAGAUGAACCACCCUCCUACUCAGAAUCAAUGGAAGAAUGUCGGGCAAUUUUCGAGGCUCAAGAAGAAACUAUAGCACACUUAAAACUACAAGUGAAUACCAAGAAUGAUUUGAUAUUGCAACUACAACAAAAACUACGCGAGGAAAUGCAAGAAAAGGAACAACUCAAAGAAAUGCUAAAAAAUCUCAAUAUUAAUCCCACAAAUGGCAACAUUUAAAUAUUUAAUAUAAAAACAAAUGGAUGCUAAACACACAUAAUCCCUACUUUAUUUUGCAACGAUAAAGGUUUAUAUAUUAUUUUUUAUUAAAAAUUAGUUUAGUUGAUUUAUAAAAUGGUGUCUACAAUUUGUUAACAAUUCCAACUAAAUGGUUGCUGUGUAAUACUGAUAUUUAUGUUGAGCAUAAUUACAUCAGUUUACAAACAAUUACAAAUAUAUACACUCAAACACAAAUAAAACAUUUUGUAAUAGUUUUUUAGUUUAUUUGAUUUAAGUUAUAAGUAAAUAUAUAUAUUUUUUAUGUAAAAUAUAAUCAAAAGUAAUUAAAUAGUAUUGUUUGUAAGUUCAUCAAUAAUUUUUUUCAGCAUAUUUUAGUUAUCUUAAUACUUUUUUUGCCCUUUUUGUGUGUCCAAACAAUAAUUAACAUACUAAAGUACUAAAUAUAUAACAUAGAUACUAAAUGUAAUUUGUAAAAUAGUUAAAUUAAAGUGACCUUAUACCUAAAUCGUACAUAUUCAUGAGUUGUCUUAAAAAAAGAACUUUAAAUAUUGUACUCUCAAUAGUUUAGCAUUAGUAUGUAGUUUAAAACAAAUAUAAAAAACAAUAAAAUAUUAUAUAGAGCAAUACAAAUAAUAAUAAUAAAUGCAAUUAAAAUAAUUGUAUGUGUAAAAAAAUUAAAA